AUGCAGAUCACGGCCCACUUCGCUCACAGCGACAUAGACGGCGGAGGUAUCCGCGGGCUCUCGGAGCUCAUUAUCCUAGAACAGAUCAUGAACCGGAUCAAAUUCCUGCUUAAACUUGACGAAGAUCCCCUCCCGGCGGAUUACUUUGACUUGAUUGGCGGCACAUCGACAGGAGGCUUGAUUGCACUCUUACUGGGACGCUUGCGGUUGUCCGUCCCGCAGGCCAGGGCAGAGUUCGUCCGCAUCUCAGAGGAGGUUUUCUCCGCUUCGACAUUCUACAAGACGCACAAGUUUGACGCGCGAAAAUUGGAAGACGCAGUCAAGCGGCUUCUGGGAGACAACAGAAGCGAAGAGAGGAUGAACGAGAAAGAUGACAAUAGCAAAGUCUUCGUCUGCUCUGUACCACAGACGUACCUUAAGGAACGGGGCGGUCCUCGACUUUUCAGGACAUAUAGUGUACUUGAAAAGGAAACAUUCAACUGCACCAUCUGGGAGGCCUGUCGAGCAACCUCCGCCGCGCCUACGUACUUUGACCCGAUCUACAUAGGGGAUAAGGGCGAGAAAGAGCCGAUGGUUGAUGGCGGACUUGGAUACAACAACCCGGUUGAGCAGGUCUUGCAAGAGGCGAGGAAUGAAUUCCCCGGACGCAAGGUCGCCUGUGUUGUCAGCAUUGGAACCGGUGUCGCUAACGCCAUUAAGUUUCCUAAAUCACCAAAGACCAGUUUUCUCAAAGUUAUUAAGGCGCUCACGGAAAUGGCAACGGAGUCUGACACGAUUGCAGACAAGAUUCAGGAGAGGUUCCGAGGCACAAGGGACACGUACUUCCGCUUCAGCGUCGAUCACGGCCUCGCUGAAAUUGGGCUGGAAGAGUGGAAGAAUCAAGUUGAUGUCCGCACCAAAACGACCGAAUAUAUCAAUCAGCGCACGGUGCUUGACCAAGUCAUGCAAGUAGCCACGGCGCUGCUAGCAUCCAAGAUUGUCGGCGGUGGGGACGGCGAGAACAAAGGCUCGCAGGGUCAGCCGCGGAUGCUGGAAUGGCGACCGAGUGAAAGGCCUAUCCCCAAGUUUCCCUACACUACCGAGCAGUUGGCACUUCAGAGUAUGUAG